AAGGCCCUUCUCGCCGCGAGCCUCGAUGGCGCAGACAACGCCCGCUUCCUCGAACAAUUCAGAUAUACAAUCAUAGCCUCGCAGCUGCUCAGUGGCCACUCUCUGCCCGGAUACCGCCCGCCAGCCCUCAAGUCGCCGGGCUCGACCGCGGACAACAAUAACCAAUCUCUGCUCUCGACCGAAGGUAUUAUAGUGUCCGUCGUCGGAGCGUUAGCUCUCGCCGUCUUCCUAAGCUGGGCACUGAGUAGUGCGCCAUCGCAUGUGACGAAACGACGCCUAAUAUUGGUGCUUAUUAUUGCUGCAGCGGCGGUGCUGGUAGGACAAGUCUUUGUGCGACGGCAGUGGCUCCGCUACCGCAGAGAGCAGGCCCUUGCUGAGAUUUCCACAUUUAUCACGAACUCGCAAAACUUUGACAGCGCAACUGAGGCCACGCUCUCUCUUGUCCAGGAAGUCGAGCUUGUCUCGCGCGGAUAUCGAAUUAGCGUGCCUCUUGCGCCAGUCAGCCGACUCGAGGAUCGUACUCAAAGCAGAAAAUGCGUUCGGCUGCGAAAGGCGCUCAAGAAUGCGUUUGCGGAGGUUCUUCAGACGUACAACCAGGUGUCGGACGUUGUCAGGGGCUUCGCCGAGCAGGUGGAGCUGGAAAAGUACUACGACAUGUACGACGUGAGCGACUUCGACAUUUCGGACUCCCGUCUGGGCUUCAACGCCGCCGAGUUUGACGACCUAGAGUCGCUGAGGACUCUGAAGAUUCUGGCCGCGCGGUUCCACACCACGCGGAAGAUGCUCCUUUGUGCCCUGUUGGCUUUGGAUGCGAAUGGCGAGGUCAAGGAUCUACUGCGCUGGACGGCUGCGGUAGAGUCGUUGCAGAGCGUCAACACGUUGACCAAGUCUGUGUUUGAGAAGCUGCAAGGGAUACUGAGCGAGGAAGAAUCAUUCCCCUUGCCACCUACUCCUCAAUUGCCGCUGACGCCGGGAAAAGAGCGAUGGCGCUCACAGCUGCGCAAGCUCAAUUCCAUGUCUACGGGCAUCCGAGGCUUGCAAGCCAAGCUCCACUUGCUGCGAGAAGAAUCCGACAGAGCGCUAGAUGACUCCAACGACAUUUCCGAAAUGGGACCCAAUCUCAUGUCGCAGUACGACUCUAUCGGAGUGGACCUGAGAAUGCUCAUGGCGGCAUGGGAAGAAGGCAGAGCUGCUCUGGCCCAGGGCAUCGACAGGAACGAGAAGAGACUGUCGUCCAUCAGCACGUUGCUGUCGCCUGCCAGCUCGCUCAGCGGGCUCACGACAAUAGGCGAGGGAGGCACAGCAGACGCUUUCAAGGCUCUGACGGGUGAAUCACCGCCGGCUUCGGACAUCCACGACGGGGAAGACGACCAGGAGGUGUUUGAAGCGGUGGCCAAGCCGCGGCCGCGGAGCAUGCUGACGCGAGAGGAGAGAAUCGCAAAGGUCAAAGAAGAGAGGGAGCAGCGGGCAUUGGCACGGCAGCAGAUGGAGGCGACCAAGGGCAUGCUGAGGGAGCUGGAAACAGUCAUCAGCCUACGACCCCAGAAGCGAGCCAGUGCCCCUGUUGGCCCUCGCGUCUCCCUGUGA